AUGGCAACUGACUAUAGUUGGAUGGUUCCCAUUGAAAUAAUGUUAGGUUCUCUCAAUCAUGGAGAAGUUCAAGCAUGUAGCAUUUCCAGCGUUCCAGACGAACUUCGAGAAGCAAACAAAGAUGCUUACAAACCAAAAGAUAUCUCCAUUGGACCCUUACAUAGAGGAGCCACAAGACACCUUCAAUUAAUGGAAGAACCCAAAUGGCAUUACAUGAGUGAAUUUCUUGAACGACAAGGAACAAUACCAGAACAAAAUCGAAGAUCGGAGGUAAGGUUAAAAGAUUGUGGCAUUGACAUUCUCAAGUUAGAUAAAGUGAUUUGUGCUAGCUAUGGUGGAAACAGCAUCUUAGAAAAAAUAGAUCCACAUGAAAUCACUAAAAUAAUGAUUGUAGAUGGUUGUUUUCUUAUGGAGCUUCUCAUUAGGCUUGGCGAUUACAUUGAGAACCAAAAUACGAAUUCUUAUAACAAUGAUGCAAUCCUUAAAACAGAUGAAAAAUUAUUAUCUGUUUUGAAUGAUGUAGCAAUGCUUGAGAAUCAAAUUCCCUUCCUUGUUCUCAAGAAGUUAUACCGGAAGGUAUUUCCCGAUGGUAGUGACAUCAAAAAUGAUUAUCGUGUUGCUAACAUUGUUCGUAAGGCUUUUGGUUACCCUUUGGUUAAUAGCUCUGGAGGUGCUCAUAUACUUCAUUUGAUGCACUUGUCUACCGUGGAACAAAGCCAACAACAUGAAGGGAAAAAAGCGAAGCUAGAAUUAUUGCGCUGUGCUACUAAGCUUCAUGCUUUUGGGGUAACAAUUCGAGCUAAAUUAAAUAGCACAGAUCAAAAUCAGCAUAAGUUGGUAGAUAUAUUUGAUUUUGAUAUAAGUUUUAAUGAUUUGGGAGACUUGGAAAUUCCACCAAUAUACAUCAAGGAAACAACAGAAGUGAAGUGGAGGAAUUUAAUUGCUUGGGAGCAGAGCAAAAUUUCAAUUAGAUGCAAAUACACUUCUUAUGCACUUUUCUUUAAGGGUUUGAUAUGUUGUGAGCAUGACAUUGAAUUUCUUGUGAAAAAAGGGAUUAUUAUAAAUAAUAUGAACAAGAGCAGCGAAGAUUUGUUGAGACUAUUUUGCUCUAUUUCAAAAGGAGCAACGCAAAUGGAUUUGAGUUAUAGUUUGAUUUGUGAAAGGUUGAAUGUGUAUAACUACAAGGGGAUGAAAGUCACAAAAAUGUUGCAAAAAUGGCCUAUACUCGUUUGGCAUCAAUGCAGACGAAUUUUCGAAAUUAUUUUGUACUACGGAUUAAAUUGGUACAAAAUUUUGUUACGCGACCAUAUACCUACGGUGUGGAAAUUCAUAGGAGUUGUUGCAGCUGCUUUUCUCAUUGUUCUUACUAUUAUGCAGACAUAUUACUCAUCCCCCAGUGGUUCCUAA